AUGACUGAUUCCCAAUUUGGAAGGGAAAAUCCUGCAGGCUUCUCUGCGUGCCGUCCUGUCCGGUCUGCCUUGGGCAGUUCAUUAACUCAACACGAGAUCGUCGGGAAACGCCGCUCAAAGCCGCCUGGAGCCACCACCCAGGAAGCUGAUGCAUGGCAAGAUGUUGAGUUGGCAACCCACAUCCCUGGAGAUGGCUUGUAG